AUGGCAAAUUCAUACAAUGAUAGAAUUGUUGUUUUAAUCGACAUGGACUGUUUUUUUUGUCAAGUUGAAACAAAACUUCAACCUGAAUAUACUGAAAAACCACUUGCUGUUGUUCAAUAUAAUCAGUGGCAGUUAGGAGGAAUAAUUGCAGUUAAUUAUGAAGCAAGAGAAUAUGGUGUCACAAGGCAUAUGAGAGGUGAAGAAGCUAAAGAAAAAUGUCCAAAUCUUAUUUUAGCUAGCGUACCAUGUCUUCGUGGAAAAGCAGAUACAUCAAGAUAUAGAAGUGCUGGACGUGAUGUUAUUGAUGUUAUAAAACAACAUUGUAAUAUAAUAGAACGUGCUAGUGUAGAUGAAGCCUAUUUAGAUGUCACUGAUAUUGUUAAUACAAGAAUGUCCACAAAUUCUAAUUCUUUAGAGUAUUUAGUGACCAAGCUUUCACAUACAUUUGUAGUAGGAUAUACAGAAGUUGGAAAAAAUAAUGAAGAAGAAAGAAGCCAAGGUACAAGAACUUGGAUCACAAAUGUUUUUAAAGAACUUGAAGAUGUACAAGCUCAAAAGCUUGCAAUAGCAGGAAUAAUAGUUGAAGAAAUAAGAUCUGAUAUAUUUAAUAAAACAGGAUUUAAAUGUUCUGCUGGUAUUGCACAAAAUAAGAUAUUAGCUAAAUUAGCAUGUGGAUUGCAUAAACCAAAUCAACAAACAAUAUUACCUGCAACUGCAGUGUCAUCACUUUAUUCAACAUUACCUAUUAAAAAGGUCAGAAAUCUUGGUGGGAAGUUUGGUGACAUUGUUAUUGAAUCUCUGAAUUGUAAUGUUAUGGGUGACUUAUUGCAGUACUCACUGCAAUAUUUGCAAAAACGUUUUGAUGACAAAACUGGAUUAUGGCUGCAUAAUAUUGCUCGAGGUAUAGACAAUGAACCUGUCACUACACGACUUGUGUCAAAAUCUAUUGGAGCAUGCAAAAAGUUUCCAGGAAAACAAGCUAUUACUUCAUUAGAUUUGUUACAACAUUGGGCCGGUGAAUUAUCGGCGGAAGUUUGUGAACGUCUUGAACAAGACCUUGCAGAAAAUGAACGACGCGCGACAUUAGUUACAAUAUGUUAUCAUUAUUAUCAAAACAAGACUACUGUGUCUCAAUCACGUUCAUAUAUUUUAAAUUCAUACAAACCAGAAAAGAUGGCAACCCGGUGUGUAGAAAUUGUAUCUAAGUCAACUCAGCAUCCAAUUGCAUAUUUAGGUAUAUCAGCUGGUAAAUUUAUACCAGCUAAAGGUAGUAAAAACUUUAGAAAUUUUUUUAAAUCAAGUAAGCUAGAAUAUCACCAGGAAAUAAAUGUGCAAACAGAAAUUACACAUUCAGUGAAUAAUGCUACAGAAGCAAUAACAAAUAAUUUAAACCUAAAUAAAAUUACUAAUAUAGAUUCUAAUAACGAUGAAGUAAAUGUAGCAAGGAAUAAACUAAAAGACAUACAAAAUUCUAGUAAAUUCAGUGUGCAAUUAAAUGAAGAAAUUCUCAACACACAAACCGAGUGGUCGCCUACUUCUACAAGAUUAAAUAAUUUAAUUAACUCACUGAAUGAAAGAAAUAAGAAAAAAGUAUUAUAUGAAAAGAAAGCAAGUAGUUCUAACUUGAAUAACUCCUUAGAUCAAAAUGAUUUCAAGGAAUCAUUUUUUAUGACUGCUUUUAAUUCAAAAGAGAGCAAGUUAAAAGAUACUCAUACAUAUAAUACUGAAUUAAUUGAAUUAAAUAACAAUAGAAAUAUGUAUAUUGAAUGCGAAAACUUGAAUGAAAAUAACAUAAAAAAAGAUGAAGAAGAUAAUUCUGAUGGGGAAUUGGAUGUAAAUUCAAGGGAAUAUAACUAUAAAAAAUGUAUGGAUAAUAAGAAUGGAAAAGAGUCAAGUUCAGCAAAUGUGAAAUUAGAUAAAAGUAAUAAAGCAACAAGUAUGCAGAAGAUUAUAAAACUAGAAGAAAUAUUUCCUGAUUUGAAUAACAUAGAUCCCACUGUAGUUGCAUUGUUACCCUCAGAUUUACAAGAACAAGCAAAAUCAUAUAUGAGUGCACAAAAUAAAAAGAACAAUACGAAAAAAAUUUCAGUAAAAAUUUCAAAGGGAAAAGGUAAAUCUAAGACAAAUACUUCCAAAAGAAAGAAAAAUAAUGAUAUUUCAAGUUUUCUAAUAAAAAGAAAUUCGUCUUACUUUACUGAAAUACCUUCUAAGCAAUGUCUACAAUGUUAUCAAAUGAUACCCAUAUCAAAAUAUCUGGAACAUUGCGAUUUUCAUGUGGCUGAAAGUCUGCAAAGGGAAAUUAACAAUUCAAUAUUACAAUCUGUAAAUGUAAAGAGAAAGGUUGAUAUAGUUGAUAAAGAUGUAAAUUCCAUUAAACGUCCACCAAACGAAGAUAUAAGUAAAAUUUCAAUGGAAUAA